AUGUCAUUCAAGUUUCUGAUAGAAUCGCUGAUUUUCGGUUCAAUAAGCGGACAUGUACGGUGUGGUAGAUCGUCGGUAAUUCCCCGUGAUGAUGUAUCUUAUGGUGAAGAUGAUGCUGACGAACUUAAUAUGGAUAUCAUGUUGUUUGCGUUUGGGACCCUGAUUGUGGUCUAUAUCGUCAUCUGCGUUGUUUAUUUCUUUACAAAACAGAUAGCUACGCGGCUUAUAACUGCAUAUUAUAAUGAGCACGGUCCUGGCCAGAGAAUAUCCUUAUUCAGCGACUAUGAUGAAAAUAAUGCCCACGUUCAUAGCAGAAGGUUAAUGGAAAACAUGAGUUUAAGGUGGCCGAACAAUCUUGAUGACGUCAAUGAAGUAAGAGAUAAGCUGGCACAUUUAUCACCUGAAGAACAGUUUUAUUAUAAACAGGGUGAAGAGUAUAUCAAGCAAAACCCACCCUUCUUGCUUAAUCAGGGGCUAUUACAACAGUCUGAGGGUGGCAGUGCGGAGACUACCAGUGAGGACCCGAUUAUGAACGAGCAAACAAGGCAGUAUAUUCAAGAAGAGGGAGCUUACGCAUGGGAGUUCAGUCCAAAUCCUGACAUGCCAAACCAUACCGUCAUAGUGGAAAACAAAACCGAAGUUUCUUUCCUAAAUUAUAAUUAUGACGCUUCUAUAUCCACAAAUCUGCCCAUUCCGUGUAUAAAUAAAGUCUAUUAUUGUGAAUUCAAAAUCUUUGAAACGGAUGGCCCACUCAACAGUGAUGAAAACGCAUUAAAAAGUGUCAUCUCGUUUGGUCUUUCCACACAGCCUUAUCCUUAUUUUAGGCUACCGGGGAGACACCACCACUCAAUAGCAUACGAUUCUAACGGUGCCAGGAGGUUUAAUGACUCCUUUAAACUCAAUGAGCAAUUAAGAACAUUAUUUCCACAGUGUGAAAAGGGAGAUAUUGUUGGCAUUGGCUAUAGAUCACGUAGUGGAACAGUUUUUUUUACCAGAAACGGGAAAAAGCUAAAUGAAAAAUCCGUUGGUGGCCAUAUCCGUGGCUGGAAAUUCCAAUACUUAUACCCGGUCAUUGGCUCUAACGUACCUUGUCAAAUUCAUGUGAAUUUCGGUACUUAUGGCUUCGUUUACAUUGAAGCAAACGUUAAGAAAUGGGGAUAUGCAAAAUCAAACGGCAUUAAAUUACCUCCUCCUUCUUACGAAGACUACGGCAAGGAUACCCUAUUAGAAAGCGGUGGUGAGGAUAAUGAUUUCGAUGAUGAUUUUUCAGAUGGUGAUAGCGACAAUAUUGCAGCUGGUAGUGCCAUAAAUCUCAACGAUGAUAUAAUUAUAAGGAACGGUGAAAUAUUACCACCACCGCCAGGAUUUGAAUUCACCAUGUCCCCUCCCACUGGAAAGGAGAUCACCAAUGAGGAAAUCAAUCUAGAUUCCUUGCCCAUGCUACCGCCAAGUUACUCGGACGAUGAACACCAUCUUAAAAAUGAUAAAUCCACAACAGGUCGGCGAAUUAUUGGAACGAGCAAAAAUUUAAUAACUGAUGAAGCAUCUUUCGAUAGCGCUGAUAAUGAUAACGAAUAUGAAAAUGAUCACGAGAGAGAUCCCGGACAAUUUUCAGAAUUCAACGAUUACGAAAGCAGGAUGCAUGGCAUAUAA